AUGUUUAUUUGUUCUCUCUCUCUCUCUCUCAGCCCUAGUCUCAUUCUGUUCUCAUAUCUAUCUAUAUGUCUAUGUAUCUAUCUAAAUCUGUUUAUUUAUCUCCUAUCUCUCUCUCUCUCUCUCAUACCUACUCUAUCUGUUCUUUCAGUAUUUUUUUAUAUCUUUCAGUAUCUAUCUAUCUAUAUCAUCUGUAUUUUCUCUCUCAUAUCUAUUGUAUUUAUCUCUUUCUCUCUCUCUCAUUCUUUUUUAUAUCUGUCUCUGUAUCUAUCUAACCUGUUCCUAUUUCUCUAUUUCUUCUCUCUCUCUCUCAUCUACUCAUCUGUUCUAUCUGUAUCUAUCUAUCUAAGUGUGUUCCUAUUUCUCUCUCUCUCUCUCUCAGCCUACUCAGUCUGUUCUCAGUCUUCUUUCAUAUUUUAUAUCUAUCUAUAUCAGUCUGUAUUUUUCUCUAUAUCUAAAUCUGUUUAUUUAUCUCUUUUCUCUCUCUCUCUCAUUCUGCUCAUACCUGUCUAUGUAUCUAUCUAUGUGUCCUAUUUCUCUCUCUCUCUCUCUCUCUCAGCCUACUCAGUCUGUUCUUUCAGUAUUUUUAUAUCUAUCUAUAUCAGUCUGUAUUUUUCUCUAUAUCUAAAUCUGUUUAUUUAUCUCUUUCUCUCUCUCUCUCAUUCUGCUCAUAUCUGUCUAUGUAUCUAUCUAAGUGUGUUCCUAUUUCUCUCUCUCUCUCAGCCUACUCAGUCUGUUCUUUCAGUAUUUUUAUAUCUAUCUAUCAUCAGUCUGUAUUUUUCUCUAUAUCUAAAUCUGUUUAUUUUAUCUCUUUUCUCUCUCUAUCUCUCAUACCUGUCUAUGUAUCUAUCUAAGUGUGUUUAUUUAUCUCUCUCUCUCUCAGCCUACUCAGUCUGUUUAUAUCAGUCAUUUUUUUAUAUCUAUCUAUAUCAGUCUAUUUUCUCUAUAUCUAAACCUGUUUAUUUAUCUCUUUCUCUCUCUCUCUCAUUCUGUUCAUAUCUGUCUAUGUAUCUAUCUGUGUUCUUCUCUCUCUCCUCUCUCAGCCUAUCUCAGUCUGUUCUUUCAUUAUUUUUAUAUCUAUCUAUAUCAUCUGUAUUUUUCUCUAUAUCUAAAUCUGUUUAUUUAUCUCUUUCUCUCUCUCUCUCAUUCUGCUCAUACCUGUCUAUGUAUCUAUCUAUAUCUGUCUAUCUAAAUCUGUUUAUUUCUCUCUCUCUCUCUCUCUCAGCUGUCUAUCUAUCAGUCUGUUCUUUUAUUUUUAUAUCUAUCUAUAUCAGUCUAUUUUUCUCUAUAUCUAAAUCUGUUUAUUUAUCUCUUUCUCUCUCUCUCUCAUUCUGCUCAUACCUGUCUAUGUAUCUAUCUAGUGUGUUCCUAUUUUCUCUCUCUCUCUCUCUCAGCCUACUCAGUCUGUUCUUUCAGUAUUUUUAUAUCUAUCUAUAUCAGUCUGUAUUUUUCUCUAUAUCUAAAUCUGUUUAUUUAUCUAUCUCUUCUCUCUCUCUCAUCUCUGCUUAUACCUGUCUAUGUAUCUAUCUAUCUGUUCUGUUCCUAUUUCUCUCUCUCUCUCUCUCAGCCUACUCAGUCUGUUCUUUCAGUAUCCAUUUUUAUAUCUAUCUAUAUCACCUACUCAGUCUGUUCUUUCAGUAUUUUUAUAUCUAUCUAUAUCAGUCUGUAUUUUUCUCUAUAUCUAAAUCUGUUUAUUUAUCUCUUUCUCUCUCUCUCUCAUUCAUAUACCUGUCUAUGUAUCUAUCUAAGUGUGUUCCUAUUUCUUCUCUCUCUCUCUCUCUCUCAGCCUACUCAGUCUGUUCUUUUUCAGUAUCUUUUUUAUAUCUAUCUAUAUCAGUCUGUAUUUUCUCUCUAUCUAAAUCUGUUUAUUUAUCUCUUUUUCUCUCUCUCUCUCUCAUUCUGCUCAUACCUGUCUAUGUAUCUAUCUAUCUAAAUCUAUUUUCCUAUCUCUCUCUCUCUCUCUCUCAGCCUACUCAGUCUGUUCUUUCAGUAUUUUAUAUCUAUCUAUAUCAUGUGUUCCUAUCUAUCUCUCUCUCUCUCUCUCUCAGCCUAUCAGUCUGUUCUUUCAGUAUUUUUCUAUCUAUCUAUAUCAGUCUGUAUUUUUCUCUAUCUAAAUCUGUUUAUUUAUCUCUUUUCUCUCUCUCUCAUUCUGCUCAUACCUGUCUAUGUAUCUAUCUAAGUGUAUCUAUUUCUCUCUCUCUCUCUCAGCCUACUCAUCUGUCUAUAUCUGUUUAUCUCUCUCUCUCAUUCUGCUCAUAUCUGUCUAUGUAUCUAUCUAUGUAUCUCUCUCUCUCUCUCUCUCUCAUUCAGUCUGUUCUUUCAUUAUUUUAUAUCUAUCUAUAUCAAUUCCCAUGUAUCUAUCUCCCUCCUCCCUCUCUACAUGCACAGACACACUUUGUUUAUCUAUGA